GUUCACGUGGGCGUGUUCACGCCGCCGGGGGCCUCUUCACCGCCGUCACGCCCGUGUGUAUACACGUGUAUACACACGGGCGUGACCACGCAGCCCGUCUCGUGUAUAACACUGCCUUGCUGUCAUUAUCUCUCUCACUCUCUCUCCCCGAGACAAAGAGAUCACCCCGUCUCGACCGACAGCCUCUCUCGCUCACCCACAGCCGCGCGCACCCCACCACGCACGCCCUAGCGACGCGGUGACAUUCAGGGACUCCCCCCUACACCCCCCCCCCCCCCCCCACCGAUCGACAUGUGGAGCGCUACCACCGAAUCGGAGGAGUGGUUCAAGAGGUUCCUCUCGGCCAACCGCAUCUACCACGAGCAGCGCGUGGCCGAGCUGCGUGCGGCCGAGGACCUGGUGUUCCUGGUGCUGGAGCAGGUGACGGAGUGGGACCCGCGCUUCCUCGUCAACUACCGGCGCCCGCACGCCAAGUUCGAGUCCGGGGUCCGCGCCGCGCCCACGCACACCACGAUCCGCGUGCCGCUCGCGAUCGAGCCGCACUCCAUCUCCGUGGAGUGGACGUGCCCGGCGGAGGAUCGCUACGUGACGGAGCUGCACUGGCUGCACGCCGAGCCCUCCGGAAAGUCGCAGUGCUACGUGGCGUUGGAUGGCGGCGGCAGCGGCGGCGCGGAGAACGGCGUUGUGGGACAGGCCCGCUGGGCGAGCUGCCAGGAGGCCGUGAGGAGGGUGAGCUCCGGGUCGACUCACCUGCUGCCCGGCAUGGUUAUCGACAUCCUCAAGUCGAACGUGAGGAAGGCCAUCAUGCUUCUGCAGCAGGACGGCAAACUCGCGAACGGCGCCGUGGACGCGUCUCUGCUGAACCUGGACGGGCCCUCGCUGUGCCUGCUCGUGCGGAGCGGCAUUCGCACCAUCACCGUGACCCUCGUGCCCGUGAUCCACCGCGCCGCGCGCCUCUGGAGCGGCGGCGGCGGCCCGGAGGAGGAGGAGGCACCGUGGCCGGCCCUGGGCCCCGAUAGUUGGCUUCCCCGGGCCACCGUGGAGGAGAUACGCAGCACGCCGCAGGACGUGGAGGCCCACGCGUACUACCACUGGAGCCCCGAUUUCAGCGAGACGAUCUGCAAGAUGCUGGAGGGGGUGGACGACGACGGGGGCCAUCGGCUGGACGCCCUCGCCAUCCUCGACCUCGUCAACCGCAACCACUGGCGCCGCAAGGACGCGGGAGGCAGACUGCUCACCUACACCCACCUGGAGACGGUGCUGCUGUGGGCGCUCGACUUCUUCCCGUCGCCAGACGACUGGCUGGACCUGCACUCCUCCGUCUACCGCCUGCUGCUCCUGCUGCUGCGCUGCGUGUGGCUGCGUCGCCUGCCCCACUACUUCCUGCCGGACCGCAACCUCUUCGGCGAUGGCGGGCGAACCCCCGAGCCCCCUCCGCCCCCAGCGCCACCUUCAUCCUCGUCGCCGGCGCCGUCCUCUCCGCCGUCCUCCUCCUCCUCCGCCUGCUCCUUCUCCUCGUCCUCCGCCGCGUCGCCCGCGGCCGCCGCCUCGCUCGAGUUCCGCCAACUCUACGGCCGCGUCGAGGACUUUGCCGACCUCCCCGAGCGCUGCCUCGUGGUGCAUCCCACGCAGAUCCCCCCGCGGGACGGACACCGCGUCGACGCCUUCCUGCAGCUGCUCGUCCAGCUGCCCGACCCGCAGGGGCAGUACUGGCAGCAGGGAUACUUCGACGUGAUGCUCAACCUGUUGCAGGUGUACCACAUCAACGACAAGAAGCGGGUGGCCGCCAUGCAGGAGAUGUGGAAGCAGGCGACGGCGUUGCUGGGCGAGGAGGGCUGGACGGUGUAGGGGCGAGCGGUGCGAGAGGGACACGUGGACGAGUCAUCGUCGUCGUCAUGGGAAGCAGCAGAAGGAGGAGGAGCAGGAGGAGGAAUAUCUCAGAGGUCCAGAAGUGGGAGGGGGGAUGGAGGGCUCCAGGUGAUUGCAUUGAGUUGAGUGGUGCAUUAUCCAUCUUAUUAUCGGGUUUUUUUGUUAUCGUGGUAAGCACGCUAGGCCGGUACAACGCGCCGAUGGUUUCCGGGGAGGGGGGACAGAAAUAUUAUUAUUGUUACUAUUAUUUGGAAGCUGACAAAAAACAGGGUUGUUAAUGUCCUGGGAAGACGGACAGAUCUCCCCAGAGAGCAAGCUGCCUCCUCAACAAGACGGCGAUCCUGGGAAAACCAGGACAGGUAGCGACCAGAAUGGGGGGGGGAUCUGUCUGAGGCUUUGAGUGCAGGCAGCCUCUAGUGGCGUGGCUAACGAGUAUGAGGAC